AAAACGGCGAUGAAAACAGUUCAAUUGAAGCUACUGUGGCGGCACGGUCGCACGGGGUAGCUGGCGAAAAGCGGAAGUAGGAAGCGGACUGGCAUAACACAACCAGGAUCGGAUCGCCUGACAGAACACGGGACCGAGCAUUGUGAAAUCGUCGUGAGAAUCGACCCGACACUGUUCGCGAGUGGAAGUGCUCUCAAGUGCUGUGCUAGUUGCUCGUCAUCAUCAUUGUUGCCGUGGUCGUGGACGUCGUUGUCAACGUUGUCCUAAGCAGAGAGCAGGCCAGAUCAAAAGUGAACGACGGGAAAAACAGCGAGGAACGCCACAGCGUGCUGUACGCGGGAAUACAGACCUCUGUUCAGAAGAAGCUGCAGUACACCCAGUUCAGCAGUGCUCUGUGUGUGUGUGUGUGUGUGUGUGUGUGCUCUUUUGUGGUUUUUCGGAAGCUGUGUUUGGUGGAAAAUCGAUCUCACUAGCUGCAGUGGUCAUGUGCGGUUUCAAGGGCUAAGCUAGGCCAAGUGCAAAAAGUAGCUUUUCCUAUGAAAUUGUGCACAGCUUGACAAGGUUUCGAACUCGAGCGGUUAUUUGAUAAACGGUGCUGCACACGGUGCCGCGGACGGAAAAUGUUGCUGCUAAAGAAAAACCUUCUCUACUGGCUGCUCCUGUCAGCCAUAUUGGUGAAAACGGUUUACUGCGUCCCGACGGCAGCCGUCACCGAAGCGGACGAUGAGAACGACUCAGAAUGGGACGAAGAUGAGGAAUCAUCGGAGGCAGAUGAUGAUGGGCGGGUGUACAAGAAUCCGAGGAAUUCACCCUCAACCGAAUGUCCACGGGACGAGGAACAGGCCACACUGCUGGGUCAAAAGUGCCUACGCAAGUGUUCGUCGGACGAGGACUGUAAGAGUAAGAAGAAGAAAUGUCUAUGCGAUGGUGCGUGCGGUAUGUCCUGCAUUAAACCGGAUCGGGAAUGCCCGGACCUGUCCCAACCGAGUCUCGGGUCAGUGACACUGUCCGGGAAGCAUUUUGGAUCGCGAGCGACGUACACCUGCCCGCAUGGCUAUCACGUGGUUGGGCUGCAGAGUCGACUGUGCCAAGCGGAUGGAAGUUGGGCGGGAAGUGAACCAGUAUGCAAGCAAAACAUCUAUUGUUUGGAGCCACCGACCAUCGAGCACGCAAGACACUCCGCUCUACCCGAACAAGCAACCUUUGAUCUCGACUCAACGGUACAGUACCACUGUCACACGGGCUAUGCUACGGCCGGAUUUCCAAGAGCCAAAUGUUUGGCCGUCGAUGGACAAGCGAGCUGGUAUGGACCAGACAUUUCCUGCGAACCACGUUCCUGUGGUCAGCCGCCUGAUCCUGCUCAUGGCUGGCAUGCCGGAGAGAGCUACACGUUCGGUGGAAAGGUAACAUACCAUUGCGGUGAAGGGUACGAGCUGGUCGGAAGAGCCGAACGCUACUGCCAAGCCGAUGGAUCGUGGACACCGAAGGAACUGCCAACCUGUGUUCUGGUAACAUCGGUACAAUGUCCAUCACCUGAAAACCCGAGAAAUGGUAAAGCGAUCUACACCAGCACAUCCUACAACUCGGUGGUCAGUUACGAGUGUCGCUAUGGUUACACCCUGGUGGGUGAAAGCUCUCGCCGAUGUGGUGCUGACAAGCGUUGGACCGGAACAUUGCCUGCUUGCAAGGAAAUAAACUGUGGACAUCCCGGCACGCUGUACAAUGGAUGGUUGGAGAACAUCGAAAGUGGUACGGGACUUGGGGCAAGCAUUAUAUUCCGCUGCCAUCCAGAAAUGCUGCUGGUCGGUAAUACCUCGUCCGUAUGUCAAAUUGAUGGUCGGUGGCGAUACCCGCUGCCGCAGUGUUUGGCACCCUGUGUCGUUCCUUCCAUCUCGCAAGGUCAGGUAAUUCCGAUCGAGUUUGACAUCGAUGUGAACUCGACGACAGUUGUGCCGACAAGUGGGAGUAGCUCCAAGGUAAAGCAUGGUACCGUGCUGGAAGUGAUUUGUGAUGAGCAUUACGAGUUUCCCUUCUCUUCACUAUCGCCACCCACCUGUAACAACGGAACGUGGAGCGUUAUACCACGUUGUGCACCGGCACGCUGUAAGACCAUGCCCAAGCCGCCUAAGUUCGGUAUGGUGUUGGCACCGAAGACGGAACAUGGUAUGCGAGCACGGUUCAAGUGUAAGGACGGCUACAAUCUAACAGCUCCGGGUGGGAAACCGAUACCAGAUCCGAACAACUACGUGUUGAUCUGUUCAUUUGGUAACUGGACUGGUGAAAUGCCACAGUGCACGGAAGUGUAUUGUCAGUUCCCGGGAUACAUCCCCAAUGGAAAGGUGUUGCUGGUGGGAAACAUGGGCUUGUACGACUAUCGGCCGUACGUGCGGAAGGUGAUUAACAACAAGCAAAUUAUGUACGAGUGUGACAAGGGCUAUGUGAUUGAAACAGGUCCACCUGGAGCGACCUGUAUAGGCGGGAAGUGGAGUCCGACGGAGCUACCGAUCUGUACGCCCGGUCAACAUCCUCGGUUGCGCUGGAAUCGUCGCCGUCGUUCGCUGGACCUGCGUAUGCGAUUCCACCGGUCAAACCUGCUAAAGCAGCACUAUCGUUAUUUGCAACGUAAGCUGGAGGAGCAUGACGCUUAUCAUCAGCACGAGUUGGUUAAACGUGCCGCUGCCAUACCGUAUCGUGGUCAGAUGACACCCAAUCGUCAUUACACGUUCGAAGACUUCCAGCGUUUUCGUGCAAAGCGUAGCAUCGAUGCAAGUCGAAAUGCACUGCUAAGAAGCGCCUUCCACACCGCUAUGGUGCGUGAGCGUCGGGAGCUUUCGGAUGUGGAGAAAGCCUACAGCAAGUACUACGAGCGCAUUAAGGCAAAGUAUCGGAACUAUGUGCAGAAUCUGCUUGGCUUCAACAAGGCUCGUACCAUGCCCACAAACGACGAUAUACACGUGCAGGACGGUCGAUGGCAUUCCUACCCUGAGUCAGACCCAGUAAGUCGUAACCGAGGCGUGCAGAAUGGGCGUGAAUCAGAAGCAGGGCAGCUGAUGGGAACACCGGCACCCUCACCAGUAGCUACUCGUCGACCCCGACCACACAAAGUCAAGCAAGGUGGUAAGGCUCGAAAGCCGAAGCUUCCACCGCCGAUCACAAUACCGGACAUAAACGAACAAUCACGCUAUCGGUUGGAUUUUGUCGAGAGUGCCGAAACUAAUCGAACACCGGACCAUCUGAAUGAGAACGAUAUUUACAGCAAUUAUUUCCCACCGCCACUGACGGGGCGUUAUCACACGAGCUGGCAGUUUGCGUCGGAAGUGACGCCCAGUCAUCGGAACGAGGGCAACCAGUACCGUACAACACAAUACCGUGGCCGGAAUCGAACGGAACCAACGGUGGAGGAAAGUCCGCUCGCACUGAUGGAGAAGCUACAGUCGCAGAUCAUUAGAAGGAAGCGAGACACGCGCGAUGCUGGCAGCUCGAUGGAGGAAACGAUGCGCACACAGAAAGCGAACCGCAAGGCAGCGAACCAGACUGACGUGGAUAGCAUGGACCCGGCGCGGAAGGUGAAAUUCAAGGGACCUUGUGAACCUCUGGCCAGUGAACCGUACGCACAGCUGGAAAUAGUUCGCCCAGGCAAGGACCCGAACGAAACGUUCGGUCCGGGGACGAUUGUGCGCGUUACCUGCACGAAGGGGUAUGUCUCGAACAUUAUAAAUCCGAAUGCGACGGCGAAAUGUGUCAGGGGACGAUGGAAGCCUACAAAACCAACGUGCAGUAUGAAACCCUGUUUCGUGCCAUCAACCGAGCAUGGCAAGUACUAUGAAGCAUCAGUCGAUCUGACGACCAUUGAUGCAGUGCGACCAACUACAGCCUCUUUAACCCCGAUGGAGAUGGUCGAAAAUGGGAAGAUGAUCAAUUUCCAGUGUGAUCAUGGCUACAACACGCAGGGUCCCUCCAAUCUACGCUGUUGGAACGGUGAGUGGGCUGUCAGUUCACUGCCGGAAUGUUUACCUGCCCCUUGUGUUCUGCCGCCAAUUAUGCACGCAAUCUAUCAGGGUGGAUAUCGUGCUGGUCUAACCAUUGCGCAUGGCAGCUCAGUGAUGAUUCAGUGUGAAAGCGGCAUGGGAAGUGCAUCAUCAGUACAGAUGGAUUGUGCUCUCGGUUCGCUUACGCCCGAGACGAUCAACUGUGGGUACAUUUCGUCCCGCAAAUCUCGCGAUGACGACAGCAGCUCGAUCAUCGUACUCGAUGGCAACAAUGUGACUUCCUCCGAGGAUGAAAACGAUGGCAGAGAGUGCGGUCCACCAGGGAAGAUCCAUGGCUCGUUGGUGUACAAAAACGGUGAACAGAUGGAUGAAAACAGUGAGGAAGGUUUUCCGUCCGGUACGGAGAUAACGUUCGACUGUAUCGCUUCCAUAACGGGCGAACAAACAACAUGGAAAAUUAUAUGUGAAGAUGGGCAAUGGAUCGGUCGCUCGAUGAAUUGCGAUGAUGAUGAUCCACUGUUUCAUCGAAUGCCGUCAGCGAACGGAUCGUGCAUGUUCCGCAACAAUGAGCCGCACGUCGUUAGCUUCUACAACGAUCUGGAAAUUCGGGAGGACAUUGUGGAGUUUCCGCCGGGGACGACGAUCAUAUCGAGAUGUGUCGAUAUUGGAAAGUACGCCAUGAUCGGUACCAGUGUGCGAACGUGCGUUCGUUCAGAGUGGAGCGGACAGAAGCCAUCCUGUUUCGGGUUGAACCAGGAGAAUGAUUACGCAAUGGAAAAACCACCGACCAUAUUGAUACGCCACCAGAACGGCCCGAUAGCGCAGAGUAAUGAUGGUAAGCUGAUCGUGUAUCCGGGUACCACCGUACAUCUGGAGUGUCUGUGGAUGCGUCGCUUUGGAAAUCCACGAUGGAAUGUUAGUCACGAUUAUCGCAAAUAUCCCGAAGGCUGGAGCUCGGAUGAAGGGCGCGAUCCACAGCUAGAGUUUCGCAUUAGCAUUAUGCACGCGGUCAAGGAUGAUUCUGGAAGUUUCACCUGUGUCACACCAGCUCGACACACGCACACGGUUGAAGUGGUUGUAAAGGCGGUUCAUUGUAACGAAAUUCAGGUAAGACGAGGACUAUCCGCCAGCACAGGAGAGACGAUGAUGGGCACACGAGUACUAUUUUCCUGCACCAACGGUAAUGCACUGAUUGGAACGCCUGAGAUCUCCUGCCUGCCGAGUGGUAACUGGAGUGCACCGUUGCCCGUCUGCGAAAGUGUGGAGUGCGGUGAGGUCCCGAUACAACCGAGUAGUAAUGGGUCCGCACCGCGAGUUGCCAUCUUGUCGCGAGAGGUGGGAGGUCGUGCGGCGUUUUCUUGCCCACCGGGCUAUGGUUUGAGGGGACCCAGUGAAGCCAUCUGCUUGCCCACGGGUGAAUGGGGUGGUCCAUUCCCAUCGUGUGUGGAGGUUCAGUGUUUCCACCCAGGGGCACCUCAAAAUGGUUACGCUCAGGGGACGCCGCCGUAUAGGGCAGGUGAUGUGGUCCAGUUCAACUGCAACCCGGAGUACAUGAUGCAGGGACAACCGAUCAUCGCUUGCCAGGACAAUGGGCGCUGGUCGGGAGGUCUACCAAAGUGUGUACAGGCUUGUUCCUACCCCGGUACCGCCAUCAGUGGUCGGAUGUCAUCGGUGAAGUUUUACUACUCAAUCGGGGAAAGCAUCACAUUCACGUGUGACGCCGGGCUGGAGUUGCGCGGCGCCAAGAUGCUCAAGUGUCUGAAAAACGGCAAAUGGUCGAAUGCCAUUCCAACCUGCGUUAAUCCUGACGCAGUAAACGUGCGCACCGACGCGAAAGGGGUGUUUAAGCGGGACAACUAAACGGUUCACUUAACGGAGCCGUUCGCCCAAGGAACGUAGAAACGACCCACCUACAGUGCAGGAGGUCCUGUCACUGGAUUGAUAGACAGCCACAAACUCGGUUUCGACAGAGAGAGAGAGAGUGAGAGCGAGAGAAAGAGAGAGAAAGAGAGAGAGAGAGAGAUAGAAGAGAGUAUAAUAGCAAUUUAUUAGCAAUCAGCGGGCAGUUCAAGGAAUUGCUUCAUCUCAUAACCUUAACAUAGGCAACCCAUUGAGAGGAGUCACAAAGAAAGCCUCACAAAGGCGAUGAUCGUAUCAAAAGAGAAGGAGAGUAGGGUGGGGGAGGGUACAGCUACUUAAUAAUAAAUAAUAAGGAUAAAACAACCGGAAACGAUACAAUAACAGACGCAUAGCAAUGAAAAUAUUAUCAUAAUUGCAAUUGGAUUAAGCAAACCAUCUUCGCCAUACCUUGACACAAAUGUACACGUAAAUUCGAUAACCAGCAGUUUCUCUUCGACUCAUACAAACCUACAAAUAUAGAUUCAUCACACACGCACACAGUUACACAGCAAAAUUGAGAGGGAAGUACAUAUCGCGUAACAGAAAUGCUAGUAAAACUACAACGACACGCAGAGAGGAGUGUAAUCAGCGUUAAUUUGUUGUCGUCUCUUCCAAUCUCACCGAGGAAAAAACAUUAGCGAAGUGUGAAGGGAAAUAUAGAGAGAGAGAGAGAACGAGAGAGAAAGAGGGAGAGAGAGAGAGAGAGAUAGAGAGAAAACCAAUUGCAUCACACUUGUAGAGGUCAGAUGACUACAUGUACGUAUGGAUAUUGAUAUUUCAAAAUAUUACCUAAAUGCUAUCGGAAUCAGGGGGCUUUGAUGUUGAUGCAGCACGGAUGUUGGGCUAAAAGGACAAAGCUGACCAUCCCCAUUAGUAGUAGCAUAAAUGGAGGAAGCAAACUUACUGGCAACCAUUGAAAAAGAUGAUCAAGGAUAUAUCCAUAAGCAAAGUUACGUUUAGGUCCGACUGUCUUGUUGUUUGCUUUUAAUCUCUGAUUGUUUUGUGUUGCUGUUUACUCCAUACUCCCUCUUAAUGAUGAGGAUGAUGGUGAUGAUGAUGAGGAGGAAGAUGAUGAUGGGGAUGAUGUAUUGAUGUUGCCUGUUUGAUGGAUUGGGCGCACUGGCUAUUUUGACGGGAAAAAGGGUUUCCCUUGACGCAUAUUUAAUUGUAUCGAUGAUCUAGAACCAGCACCGAUGGACACACCCGGUGUCACGUGUGUGUGUGUGUGAAACCAUGGGAUAAUAUUUGCCCACUUUUUAUGCCUUGACCCAAAUGCAAGGGGAUGGUUUUAAGCGAACAUCUCUUUCCGUGCAUCAGGCUGUAUCGUGGUUAGUGGUUUAUGUGGCUGGUGAAUAAAUAAUAACCAUGCAACUCUGCAGCAUCAGUUUUGAUGCAUAGGGGAGAAACAACUUUUUUGUUUUCAUUGUUGUCGAUGUUUGUAGCGAACAAAAUGGGAUCGAAUGUAGAUUUAUCGACAGCCGUUCGUCGCGCGGUAAUCGCUCCUGGGUUGUGAGGAGCUAAUUUAUGCACAACUUAAUCGCAAAUGUAAUACCAACAUGGUCGCUUGUUUGUUUGUUGUUAUUGCUGCAUACGCGGCUCUUGUUGCGUUGUUUCCACCCCGAUUUUGCCGGACUGGAUAAUCUCUCCACCAUCUCGUCAUUGCACAUUCAUCAGAAAGGGCGGGAUUUUUUUGCGAUCCAAUAUGAAGCUCACGUUAUAAUUGCUUCCGUCAGGUCAGAUGAGUUGGUUUUGCAGUGUAAGUAGGCAACAGAUGACAAAACCACCACUCAAUACCCCCACAAAUACAAACACUGUGCAGAAAGUACUGUUGGCAGGAAUGCCCGUGAGGUAUGUGUUGCACUGGAUGAUUCGCGUUUUCGGCAAACUAAUCAUUUUAUCCUGCGCCAUUCGUAUGUCACAUUAGGUAUUGUUAUGCGCAUAAUGUAUCACUCCUUUAUUGGCGUUACACUGAAUUGAAAACUGUAAAUAAAAUAAGCAGGUGGAAUUUAUUGAA